CUUGCAACAGUUUGGACAGCUCAUACAAAACAGCCUAUUUCUGCUAUUACUAUAUGCUGGAAUCUUAAGAAAGUUGGGCUUUCAUCUUGUAUACCUUGUAAAAAACCCGCAAUGACAGAA